AUGGCGGAGCGGCAAGGAGCUGGAAGUGAUUUACAGGCUGAGUCCACUUCGGAAUUCAGCGGUAAUGAGUAUGAAGGAAAUGCGAAAGGUAAAGACGAUCUAGCAUCCAAAACGUUGCAUAUCCAAGCUAAACGUUUCUACCUGGAUGUCAAACAGAAUAGAGGUGGGCGCUUCAUUAAAGUCGCUGAGCGCUACCGUCAAGAGGAAACCGAAAAAAAAACUUCGUGGAAAAGUGGAUCGUCAAGUACCGUACAUACUAUAGAUAGAGUAGCUUCCAAUGGAAGCAGGAGUCAAAUAACUUUCGGUAUGACUUUGGGUAAAGACAUACGAGAUCAGUUGGAUGAUUUUGCUGAUUUCUAUGCUUCACUUGACCCUGGCAACCGAAAUGAGGAAGGUGAAAGUGGAAAUUUGAAGAGUGGGGUUAUCCGUAAGGGAGAGAAAUGGUAUUAUUUGGACUUGAAAGAAAAUCCUCGUGGAAAAUUUUUAAGGAUCAGUCAAGUUUUGCGUUAUGGGGGUCGUAAUCAGAUUGCACUACCUGCUCAAGGCAUUGCAGAAAUGAAAGAUGCCUUAAGUGACCUUCUAGAUGAAUUUGGGGUAGAAGAUGUUGAGACUGAGCAAACGUCUUUAGACAGCCAGAUGUUACGCGCAGAAAGCAAGAGAAUUUACUUCGACGUUGGAAAGAAUAAUCGCGGAACGUUUCUAAGGAUCACGGAGGUCCGUGGAAGAACUCGUAAUGCUGUAAGGCUUCCUCAGUCAUGCUUAUCAAAGUUUAAAGAGAUUAUAUCGGAUUACUGCGAUAGACUUGGAGUGAAAGACGAUGAAGAAAAAAGUGCUACUGAAUAA